UCAUCGACAAGUUUGACUACGUCUUUGCAGAGAACGGCACAGUGCAAUACAAGAACGGACAGCUGGUCUCCAAGCAGGCCAUUCAGGACCACCUGGGGGAAGAGCUGCUGCAGGAUCUGAUCAACUUCUGUCUCAACUACAUGGCACUGCUGAAGCUGCCCAAGAAACGAGGAACCUUCAUUGAGUUUCGCAAUGGGAUGCUGAACAUCUCCCCGAUCGGACGGAGCUGCACCCCAGAGGAGCGAAUCGAGUUCUCUGAGCUGGACAAGAAAGAGCGGAUCCGGGAGAAGUUUGUGGCAGCCUUGCAGAGGGAGUUUGCUGGCAAAGGCCUGCGUUUCUCUCGAGGUGGCAUGAUCAGCUUUGACGUCUUCCCAGAGGGCUGGGACAAGCGCUACUGCCUCAACGUGCUCGAUGAUGAGAGAUUUGACACCAUCCACUUCUUUGGGAACGAGACGAUGCAGGGAGGGAACGAUUACGAAAUCUAUGAUGAUCCCCGCACGGUGGGACACAGCGUCCAGUCCCCCCAGGACACGGUCCAGCGAUGCCGUGAAAUUUUCUUUCCAGAGAGAGCAAACGAGUGCUGA